AUGAAAAAAGAAUACAAAUUCACCACAUCACUCUACCCUCCUCUUCACCUCGCUACUAAGGAAACAACACAAAUAUACCCGACACCCUCUGAUCCACAUCCGCCAACAAACGACCCCGUCUUCUCGCAUGCGAUGCACGUCCGCGACGCGGUGUUUGUGCAGGAACAGCGCUGUCGUGCGGAGGAGGAGAUUGACGAUGACGAUGCGAGGAGUUGGGGGUGGGUUGUUUAUGCCCAUCCGACCCCUCCCAAUCAUCAAGAAGAUGGUGAAGAGGGAACAGAGGGAGGACAGGCGGUAGGAACGAUCAGACUCGUCCCGCCGCCUCAUGUCUCGCACUCACAUCUCACCAAUCCCACCAAUUCGACAGCAUCAGACGUACCAUCUGGCGAAGAAGGGGCCAGGGAAUACGACUACUCGCACGAAGCAUACAUAAAAAUCACGCGCGUCGCGGUACUGCCUGCCUUCCGCGGAUAUGGAGUUUCGCGCUUGUUGAUGCGGACGGUCGAAGACUGGGCGAGGCAGAACAAGGCUGUUAUUGAUCAGAUGUACUCCCUCGUCGCAGCUGCAGACCGGAAAGAGGAGAGGACGAAAGAAGGGUGGUGGAAUGGGUUGAUUGGGUUGCAUGCGCAGGUGCAGGUUGAGCGGAUGUAUGCCUCUAUGGGGUACGAGACGGAUGAUUCGAUGGGGAGGUGGGAUGAGGAGGGGAUUGAGCAUGUAGGUAUGUUCAAGAGGGUGGAUGUUGUGUGA